CCACUAGCUAAGUACUACUGUGAAGAAGAAAGGUCAUGUCAAAGACAACCACCUACCUCCCUACUCCUCCUUCUGAACCUGACCACCACACCUCAACCCCAACUACAGCGGAAAACGCUACGAUCUAUCUUCCUACGCCGUUUCAUCCCCGUGCGGAGAAAUAUGCCGAGGAAAAGUUUGGGAAAGUGUUACGGAAUGGAGUGGAUGGGAAGGAAGAGGAAUUGUUAAGUCGGGCGGAUGGGAUUUUACUACGAAUCGGAAACAUGCAUAAACCUCAACUCGACCUCGCUCCAAAUCUCAAAGCUAUUUGUAGGAAUGGUACUGGACUCGAUAUGAUUGAUCUUGACGAAUGUGUUAGGAGGGGUAUAAUGGUGACUAACGUCCCUGGGGGUAAUGCAAAGGAAGUAGCAGAAUUGACCAUCGCUUUAUCUCUCAUAAUCCUUCGACGUAUAAAAGAAUCCGAUUAUCUAAUAACAUCCGGUCAACGUACCCCUUCCAUCACCGUUUUAUCACCUGGAUUAAUGGGAAAAACAGUAGGAUUGAUAGGUAUGGGAGAUAUAGCAUAUGAAGCUGCUAAAUUAUUCUUGGCUUUUGGUUGUAAGAUAAUAAUUUGGUCACCUACUUCUCCUCUUAACAAAUGGGAAGAAAGUCAAACUACCACACCCAACACAACCAACAUAAGUCAUUCAUCAACCUCAAAAUACAUACCUAUACCCCAUAUCAGAGUAAACUCAUUGAACGACCUAUUACCAAACAUUGACAUUUUAUCUAUCCAUUGUCCCCUCACUUCAUCUACUAAGAAUUUGAUAGGUUAUGAUCAACUUAAAUCAUUACGAAAAGGUUCGAUAUUGAUCAAUACUGCCAGAGGUGGGAUAGUGGAUGAAAUAGCUUUGAUAAAAGUUUUAGAUCAAGGGAUAUUGUUCGGUGCUGGUUUAGACGUUUUUAAUGUUGAACCUGCUUUCGGAGAGAAUUUAGGUGAAUUAGGAAAAAGAAAAAAUAUCGUUUGUUUACCUCAUAUUGGUUCUUCAACGGACGAAGGGACAUAUAUAGGUUGUAUAAAGGCUAUUGAUGAGAUGGUUGAUAUACUUAAUGGGAAACCACCAAAACAUCCCGUGCGAUGA